AUGACAAUAGAAAAUGCCGGUGAUCAAACAAAUCCUGACCAUAUUAAGUUCGCAACUCAGGAAAACACAAAAGAAGAUCAAGAAAUUAAUCAAUUAAUUUUUAAAUUUGCAAAAGAUAGAACUGAAAUUAAGAUUCUAGAUUUAUUCAACAUUGCAGUAUAUUUUAAAAAGAAUCUUAAUGGCUCUUUUUAUGAUAGAUAUAUUACCACAGAUUUUUAUAAUUUAAAAUCCUACUCACAAGAAUUUAUAUAUUCAAUUCAAAAAGUUUUACAAGCAGCACAAACAAUUCUGCUUAUUUUUGGCCUAUAUGGACAAGAAUGUUUACUAUAUUUAAAUCAACAUGAACAGUAUUUAAAUUAUAUCCCAACAUUUAAAGAAAUUUUAGAUUUUACAAUUGAAGCAAAAAGAUAUUUUUCUAUGUAUCUUUUGCAUCAUUUUAUUAUGAAAGGAGCAGACUUUGAGGAAG